AUGGCGUCAACCUCGGUACCCGUGUCACGGUACAUCGUGCAACGUAGCAGCCUCAACGGCAGUCGAACCGCCGCAUCGACAGCAAGAUGGGCGUCGAGAGGACUCACCCGCCCAGUUUCCUACUCAGUCACGCCGCCCACAACCCGCUCAAGAUGCUCGCCAGCAAUGAUAGCCACCAUACCCCGUAGCACCAGCACCAGCACCAGCACCAACCCCGCCGCCCCAUUCAGCACCAGCUCGAGGCUACGCAGACCGCAGGCCGAGGCCGAAGAAGGGGGGGGGGAGCCCGAAGCAUUCGACCCGUCGACUAUUGAACGCGAAUCGGACGAGGUAGACGUGUGCAUCGUGGGUGGCGGGCCGGCCGGUCUGAGCGCCGCCAUCCGCCUAAAGCAGCUGGCCAACGAGGCGGGCAACGAGGACUUCCGUGUGCUGGUGCUGGAGAAGGCCGGCGAUCUGGGCGCGCACAUCCUCUCGGGAGCCGUGAUACAGCCUUCGGCCAUAGAGGAGCUGAUACCGGACUGGCUGGAUGAGGGGAACCCGGACCGGUUCGAGCACGCCACGCCCGCGGGGGACGACAAGAUGCGCUUCCUGACCAAGACGCUCUCGAUACCGAUCCCGGCCCCGCCGCAGAUGAGCAAUCACGGCAACUACAUCGUCAGCCUGAACCAGUUCGUCAAGUGGCUGGGCGAGAGGGCCGAGGAGCUGGGCGUCGAGGUGUACCCGGGCUUCGCCGCGGCCGAGGUGCUGUACGACGCGGCCGACGGGUCCGUCAGGGGCGUGGCCACCAACGACCUGGGCAUCGCGCGCGACGGCCAGCCCAAGGAGGCCUUUGAGAGGGGCAUGGAAUUCCACGCCAAGGUCACCAUGUUCGGCGAGGGCUGUCACGGCAGCCUGACCAAGCAGGUCAUGGCCAAGUUCGACCUGCGCAGCGACAGCGACCCGCAGACCUACGGCCUGGGCAUCAAGGAGGUCUGGGAGGUGGACCCGGCCAGGUUCCGGAAGGGCGAGGUGGCGCACUCGAUGGGGUACCCGCUGUCCAAGGACGUGUACGGCGGGUCCUUCAUGUACCACUUUGGCGACAACCUCGUCAGCCUGGGGCUCGUCGUGGCCCUCGACUACGAGAACCCGUGGAUCUCGCCCUACCAGGAGUUCCAGAAGCUCAAGCUGCACCCCAUGUUCCGCGAGGUCCUCGAGGGUGGCAGGUGCAUCUCGUACGGGGCGCGCGCCCUGGUCGAGGGCGGCUUCCAGUCCAUCCCCAAGGUGGCCUUUCCCGGCGGGGCCCUGAUCGGCGACUCGGCCGGCUUCGUCAACGUGCCCAAGGUCAAGGGCACGCACAACGCCAUGAAGACGGGCAUGAUGGCGGCCGAGGCGGCCUGGUCGGCCCUGGGCAGCCCCGGCCCCGGCUCCGGCGAGGCCGGUAGCAGCGCCUCCGCCGAUGGCACCGUGUUCCUGUACGAGUACGAGGCCAAGCUCCGCGAUUCCUCCGUGUGGAAGGAGCUGAGGGAGGUGCGCAACAUGCGCCCAUCCUUCCACACGCCCCUCGGCCUGUACGGCGGCAUCAUGUACUCGGGCCUGGAGGCCUACGUACUCAAGGGCCGGACCCCGUGGACCUUCAAGCACAAGCACCCGGACUACGCCUCCACCAAGCCGGCCGACAGGUUCCCCAAGAUCGAGUACGACAAGCCCGACGGCGAGAUCACCUUCGACAUACUCACCAGCGUGUCGCGCACGGGAACCAACCACGAGGAGGACCAGCCUGUCCACCUCCAGGUCAAGGACUGGGACAAGCACAAGGACGAGACGUACCCGGCCUUCAAGGGUCUCGAGAACAGGUUCUGCCCUGCCGGCGUGUACGAGUACGUUGAGGAUCCGUCCAAGGAGCAUGGCGUUCGCUUCCAGAUCAAUUCGCAAAAGUGA